AUGGAGUUGUUGGGUCCAAUUGUGGAUAUCAUUCUCUUCUUCUGGGCUCCUAUUUCUCGGCACAUUGGUUAUUUCAAAGAUCUCAACAACAAUGUAGAGACACUGAUGAGGAAAACGGAAAAGCUAAAACGAAAGCAUGACGAAAUUCGAGCAGAAGUCGACGAUGCUAUACCAGUCGGAAAGAGACAGAAAGCCCUCGUUGAGAAUUGGCUCGCCAAAGUCAGAAAGACCGAAACUGAAGUUUAUUCAAUAAGAUCGGAGUUCGCAGUAAGGAGAAUAUGCACCGACCACUUGUCUCGUUAUAAAUUGGGAAAAAGAGUGGUUAAAAAGCUCGAAGACAUCAAAAAGCUCAACAAAAAACUCAAAGUAAAAGGGGUCUUCGAUAAGGUGGCUGAAUGCACUCGUCAGCAGAGGGUGUUGGAGAUGCAAACAUCACUACCGCGAGGACAACAAAGCACGUCUGAGGAAACCAUGGAGGAGAUAUGGCAAUGCUUACAAGAUGAGGAGAAUGGCGUUGUAGGUGUUUAUGGGAUGGGUGGAAUAGGAAAAACCACUCUCAUGAAAGCCAUAAACAAUAGGUGCACCGAAACCCGUGACUUUGAUGUCGUGAUUUGGAUAACUGUGUCCAAAGACCUCAAUUUGGGAUCAAUUCAAGAGGAGAUUGGAAACAGGUUGGGUAUGCAAUUCGGCAUAAACGAAGAGAAGAGGAUCAAGCUGUUUGCUCAGUUGAAGAAUGUGAGGUAUCUGCUUAUCUUAGAUGAUCUAUGGGAAGAAUUUAGCUUGAAUCAAGUUGGAAUUCCAAAGCCGGACAAGCAAAACAGAUGCAAGAUCAUGAUAACCACCCGAUCGGUUGCAGUGUGUAAUGCGAUGGGGGCCCAUAAGUCAAUUAAAGUCAGAGCUCUUACAAGGGAGGAAGCGUGGAAUUUGUUCUGUGGUAAUGCAGUUCUGUCAUCUGAGAUUCGACCAGUAGCAGAGAAGGUUGUGGAAGAGUGCAGUGGAUUACCGCUUGCAAUAAAGACAGUGGGGCGGGCCAUGCUUCGCAAGGAUAAGAAAGAGGUAUGGGAGAAUGCAUUGAGGGCAUUGAAAGAUUCAUCACCCGAGGUUCCAGGGAUGGAGCGUCAAGUGUUUCUUCCUUUGAAACUUAGCUAUGAUUGCCUAGAAAAUGAUAAGAUCAAAUUAUGUUUCCUAUAUUGUUCAUUGUUUCCAGAAGAUGAUGAUAUAGAAAUAGAUAAGGUGGUAAGAUACUGGGCAAUGGAGGAAGGAUUCAUAGAAAAUGUGAAUAACUUGGAAGAAGCAUCAAACAAGGGGCAUGACAUCCUUGAAAGAAUCAAGGACGCAUGCCUCUUGGAGGAAGGGUCUAAAGGAAAUAAAUAUGUUCGGAUGCAUGAUUUGCUCCGCGACUUGGCUAUAUGGAUCACUUCACCAUCGUCAUCCAUCGAAGGCUCAAAAUUCCUUGUGAAAGCUGGCGAGGGACUAGUGCAGCCACCAGAAGAGAAUAUUUGGGGAGGGAUUGUAAGGAUUUCAUUGAUACGCAACAAAAUAAAAGAUCUCCAAAUUAGACCAGAUUACCCUAACUUGGUCUCCUUCUUCCUCAAUGAAAACGAUCAAUUACAGACCAUUCACAGUAGCUUCUUCCAGCUCAUGCCGAAACUUCAGAUCCUCGAUCUAAGUGUUACUGGCAUCAAAUCUCUCCCAGUGUCAUUAUCGCUAUUGGUGAAUCUACGUGCGCUCAUCCUAACAGGCUGCAAACAUCUAGUGGAGUUGCCACCAUUGGGAAAUUUGAAGGAACUCCGAUUUCUUGAUUUCUCAAAAUCUGGUCUCAAAAACUUCCCUCAAGGCAUUGCAAGCUUGGUUAAACUUAAGCGGUUGGAUCUUUCAUUCUUGUAUGCUCUCAAUGCAAUUCCCUACGAUAUGAUUUUCAGGCUAUCUAGUCUGGAGGAGCUGAACAUGUUGGGGCUGAAACACGUGGACGGAGCUACUUUCAGUGAGGCUACAACCAUGACACGCCUGAGUUCUUUAAGUAUCAGAGUGUCCAAUCUUAAUGGCUUCAUCGCACAUGAUAUGUUCUAUCGAUGGUUUUCUGGCUUGAGAAGGUUUGAUGUCCAGGUUAUCUAUCAAGGUUAUCCGGCACUCGCAUGUUGUUCUGAUAAGGAUAUAAGCAUCUAUGGAUGUGACAAUUUCCCCUGCGGGAUUGAGGAGUUGAUAAAACAUGCAAUCUCUUUAUGGUUCCAAAAGUGCAAAGGUCUAACAAGUCUUUCUCAGUUGGUAGGCAAUUCAAAGAGCUUAAGAUGUCUUCAAGUCUUUAGAUUCAGUGGAGUGGAAUGCAUUAUAAACUGGAGAGAGGUUGGAGAUGAUGCAUUGCAAUGUUUACAGCAGUUGAAUCUCCGUCGUUUACCAAACUUGGAGAAGAUAUUCGAGGGUGGAGCGCCUCCGCCAAACACACGCCUUCAAAACCUAAGAAGUAUACACAUUGAAGAUUGUCCCAAGUUAAGGUGUCUCUUCUCUUCUAGUAUGGUAGAACAUCUACAUCAGUUAGAGGAGCUUGAAGUAUUGGGUUGUCCUGAAAUGGAGGAGAUGACAGAAGGCGAUAUGCUGCCUGAUAAUUCAUUCCCAAGAUUACGCAUCCUGUAUUUGGAGGACUUAUGGAAAUUAGCAAGCAUUUGCAGUCAGCGAUCUAUUUUUGUAUCUUUGGAAAAGAUCAUUGUAGAUUCAUGUCCUAUGUUGAAGAAGCUCCCCCUCUUGAGCUCAAGCAUCCAUGAAAUAAAAGGAAAAAUAAAAGGCAACAUAGAAUGGUGGGAAGGAUUAGAGUGGGAAGACGAGAACGCCAAGUCCCUCUACUCCACUAUUUAUGGAGACCGGAUUAGCAGCUGA